ACAUCUAGAGAUCGAACUCAAAAUUUUGGUUAGGGGUGCAAAAUCUCGACCAUCUCACCACAAUCCAUGCGAUGACCCCACUUAUCCUUGAUUCUUAUGUGGAUUCCUUAUCCAAUUUUUCUCACAUGUGGCAGCAAAAUAGCAAUUCCAUCUCUCAUAUCUGUGAGGAUAACACAUGAUUUAUAUUAAUUAGUACUACAUAUAUUAUCAUCUUACAUCCAAGAAAAACAAAUCAAAACAUAUAUGACUAAUCUCAUCAUGGCCUACUCCUCUGUUGCUUGUGUGCAAUUCUCAUCCAAUCAAGCCAACAAAUCACAUGUACUUCCAUCAAAUUUUCUUGGUUCAAAGGUUGCGUCUGGUACUCCUCAGAGAAACAAGAAACAAAGGUCCUUGAAAGUGGUGGCCGCAGUUGGAGAUGUGUCAGCUGACGGAACAAACUACUUGAUUGCUGGUGCUGCUGCUGUCGCAUUGCUUGGAACUGCUUUCCCUAUACUCUUUUCCCGCAAGGAUCUUUGUCCAGAAUGUGAUGGAGCUGGAUUUGUGAGGAAAGGAGGGGCAGCUUUGAAAGCAAAUGCAGCUAGAAAGGAUCAAGUUCAAAUUGUUUGUGCAAAUUGCAAUGGUCUUGGCAAGCUCAACCAAGUUGACAAGUAAAGGCAGCAAGCACAUCACAUAAAUAUAUGAUAACAUGUACUUGUGUGUCUGUGUCGGGGGGGGGGGGGUGGGGGGGGGGGGGGGUUUACGUCCCUAUGGAACUUGUAACUCAUGUAUACAAUUGUUUCUCCAUUACAUUUGUGCAAGUUCUAAUACAUUUGAACUUGCUCAAACUUCAUCCGAUUUUUCUUGUUUAGUAACUCCAACUAAUUCCUAUUUUAAUUUAUACAAAAUUUUAAUCCGGUUGAAAGGUUUA